GUUUGACACAAACGUAAUUGUUGAUAGUCCAUUGACUGGAUGUUGUGUGUGCGGUUAUUACUGUGGAACCAUUGUGCUAUGUUAAUGUAAAGCACUGGAGUGUGACCUACCAGUACAAGACUGACAGGUGUAAACACCUUUAGACUUACUAUUAUCUCAGUGGAAACAACUAGCCACCACUAAAUCAUUCAUUUAUCAUCUGAUAUUUGAGGACAUUUGAAUAUUGGUGAAGUCAUAACCAACCUUGAGUGAUAUUUGCUUGUUUAUAUUUCCACACGAGGUGGUUGAGCUUCUGAGAUCAGAAGUGAAAGGGAGGCUGAACAGCAUUAUUUACCUGUAUCAUUACUGGAGGGAAUGAGGCAGGACGGAGCCCUACAGAUGGCUUCAGCAAAUGAUUCAAAAUGGCAGAAAGAUGCCGCAGACCAGAACUUUGACUAUAUGUUCAAACUACUUAUUAUCGGGAACAGUAGUGUGGGUAAAACAUCGUUUUUGUUUAGAUACGCCGAUGACUCUUUCACCUCCGCAUUUGUUAGCACAGUGGGCAUAGAUUUCAAAGUAAAAACAGUGUUUCGCCAGGACAAAAGAGUAAAGUUACAAAUUUGGGACACAGCUGGUCAGGAAAGAUACAGAACGAUAACAACAGCGUACUAUCGUGGUGCUAUGGGAUUUAUUCUAAUGUACGAUGUCACAAACGAGGAAUCCUUUAAUGCAGUUCAUGAUUGGUGUACUCAGAUCAAGACAUACUCAUGGGAUAAUGCACAGAUUGUUUUAGUGGGAAACAAGUGUGACCUUGAGGAUGAGAGAGUGGUAUCCACAGAGAGAGGCAAGCAGCUGGCCGACCAAAUAGGAUUGGAAUUCUUCGAGACAUCAGCUAAGGAAAAUAUCAACGUUAAAGCCGUGUUUGAGAGAUUGGUAGACAUCAUUUGCGACAAAAUGUCUGAAAGUUUGGAUUCUGAUCCUUCUCUUAUCAACAGCCAGACAAAAGGAACAAGGCUGACAGAGAACACCAACCCACAGCAGGGAGGAUGUCAAUGCUAAGUGUUCACGGCUGACAGGGGCAGAUAACUGCGAACACUUUGUGAUGUGUAGGUUUCUCACAUGUAACUAAGUAAUAGAGGUUAUUUCUUUGUUUUGGACUCCUGCACAUUUCUGCCCUCGUCAUAGGGAAUAACUUCCCUGUAGUUUAUGAAUCUCGUGAGUUAGUUCAGUUUAUGGGUAUAUACCUCAGUACUGGUAGGUAUAGUCCAAUCUUGUCAAGUAUUGGUCAGUACUAGGAACUGGUCAGUAUUAUGUUGGAAUGGUCAGUGCUGGUCAAUCCUUCAUUAUGGGGUUGGUCAGUAUAGAUCAGGUUAAAUACAACCUAGCAGUAGGAAGUUGAUACUACAAGUAGAAAACCUACCAGCACUGACAAUUUGAUAUGCAUAAAUUUAGUGAUACAAAUAGUUUUGUAAAUUCAUGAUUGGCCCAAAUAAUGACAAAAACACUCUAUAAAGUCAUAUAAAGAAUGACGUAUCCAGAUGUCAACAUUCUAAUAUAUAUAUCAAUGUGUAAAGUCAUACAUCCACAGAAAAAAAUAUGUAUACAUUGUCACUGUGCAUUAUCAAAUCAUGCACUGUCUCCAUUUGGAGGUCUGACAUGCCCAUAUCCUUAAUUAUCUCCCUUUCCGUGAAUGUUAAAGGUGAGACCUCCAUCAGGUAUUGGUUGUCAUGGCAAUGGAGCAUGAUUUUACACAACUAUGUGUCUUGUGUAUAAAGUUAGAGCCUUGUGUCAUGAGUUGCCAUGGCAACUGAGAAGAUGGAAGGUCCUGUGUAGAAAGCACGAAUACUACAUAAGUGUAGUAGUGUAGAUGGCGCUGUAUGUUCCAGGUAGAUGUUCUAUGUGUAAAUAUCUGAGAGUCACAUGACUACCCGAAUAUAACGUAGAUAUAUGUAUCAUUGUUCAUCCAAGUUGGGCUGACAUAUUAGACAAAAUCUCAUUAGAUUAAUUACAUAUAAAAUUGCUAAUAUUCAUCAUCGUGUAUUUUUAUUCCUUUUGUUUAAAAUAUGAUAUUCAUUGUGUAUAUUGAAUACCUACAUGCCAAAGGAUCAGAUUUCAACACUCUGCUGUUAAAAGUCUUUUGCAUGAUUAAACAGAAAAAUAUACUGCAUGUAUAGAAAGCUUUACCAUAAAGUGUAGAUAAACUGACAAAAAAAAGCUGAACUUCUUGUUAUGGAAUUGAACUGAUAUAUCAACAAGCUGGAUGAUAUUGUAUAAGCUGUCACAGCAGUGUUUUGUCUAAUGAAAUCCACUGGUUUUGUUGAUUCACUAUCAAUGUUUUCUGUGAAUGAGAGAGCAUGAUAUAUAUCUCCACAAUCAUGUUUUACCGAGAUGUAACGAGAGAAAAAAAAAUUUACAUUUCAUUAUACUUUCUAUUGCUGAAUUUUGUCCUAAUUCCUCAUUAGUUUUGUUUUACUCUGUAUUAGUUGUGUUCAUUAUAAAGAUUUAUUGUCAAAACAUUCAACUCUACUCAAAUCAUCUCCCUUGGUUAUACGUAACUAUUUCUCUAAACAAAAGCAAAAAACAUAAUCUGAAUCCCAUAGUUCCAAUUACAGUAUUCCUGCUACUGAAGUGUUCAAGGUUGAAGAUGAAUUCAAUAGUUUUGAUGGAUUAUUAUGAGUUAUGUCCCUUGUUUAGCCUAUCAAGGCAAGUACCGUAUGUUCCACCAGUUCCACACAAGCUGAGGAUGUAAGAGUUACCCUAGAAAUUCAGAGAGAAUUUUACUGGUGUUGACCACGUGACCAAACAAUAAAGCUCACUUCUCAGUAGUUGCAUUUUAAAAUAGGGAUCUGUGGUUCAGAAGAAGUUGCUUUUUACUUGUCAUAUUACAAUAUAACAAAGGUUAAAAUUAAUGUUACCAGUGACCACAAUAUUUCUGUAUUACCGAUGACAAGUUUCCAUAUCCUGAUCUAGAAAUCCGCUUUUUAAUGACAGUACUUUGUCAUCUAUAAGUGCAAUAUUCUCAUAGUAUUUGGGACUUCUUACCCCGAUACAAUCAAUCUUGACAUAUCCUUUCAUGGGUUGAGAUAACACUGUCCACAUCACAUAGAGAUAAAAGAUUUAUUAACAAAGUUGUCUUCUUGGACGGGUUACCCAAACUUAUUGACUCAACCAAUAUUUUGCUGCAAUAUUUACCAUGCUGCUUCAUGUUUUUAUUCAAAAAAAUGUUUUGUCAUAUUUUUUUCUGCUUUGUACAAUGUAUAUGAUGAGUGAUUAAUCUAUACCUGUGACUAUCAUAGAUAAAAUUGUGAUGAUUGGAUAAGAGUAAACAUCCUAUAUACACUGUACUGUGUUAAUAUUUAUAUAUAAUUUGUUAUUCUCUAUGUUGUUAAAUCCCUAUAGAUUUAUUAGGUUGUGAAUCAACUUGUUUUACUUUUUUAAAAUUAUAAUUUUAUUCAGUUAAUCUGUUCUAAUAUUUGAGAGAUUAAUAAUUUACAAUCAUUCCAAGGUGAAGGUCAUGUCUCAAAUUGUUUUGUGUUGUGUAAUGACCCUGACCUUGUUCUCUUGUGAAAUCCAAAGUGUUAUAUGACUUACAUAAAACUUGUUUACAUUCCAAAUUAGACUACAGAUUUCCUGAACAACCAUUUGGCUUACAAUUUUAUCUUAAACUUAUUUACCGGUAUACAUUUCCAUUCCAAAGUCUGGAGAAUUCACUUAGCUCAUCCUGAAGAUAGAUUUUUUAUUGUAAUCAACAUAUUGAGAAAGAUACAGAUGAGUUUGAUUUGAAGCUUUUGUUGUAAGAACAUUCCAUUGGACACAAACUUUUUCCUAUGUGAUCUGCCACACUUUGUUCAUUAUAUGUAUAUAUUUCUCUGAUAGUCAAUAGAUAUGGUCACAAUAUUAGACUACGAACAUUUCUUAAACCUCCAUAGUCUUCUACAAUUUUACUCAUAUAUGUUAUAACUCUCUUUCAGUCAUUGCUAUAAACUAAACUGUGUGUACAAAGUAACUGGUCAGCCAGGUGUUAUGAGACCCAGAAAUGGUCAGCAAAGUAACUGGUCAGCCAGGUGUUAUGGGACCCAUAAAUGGUCAGCAAAGUUUAUUGGUCUGCCAGGUGUUAAAAAGACAUCAAUAGCUGUUCAACAUAGUUUACUGAUAAGCCAGGUGUUAAAAAGAGACCAGCAGUUGGUCAGCAUUGUUUACUGGUCAGUCAUGCGUUACAAAGGGACCAACAGUUGGUCAAGAUGUUUUACUGGUCAGCUAGGUGUUACAAAGAGGCCAACAGUGGGUCAACAUGUUUUACUGGUCAGCUAGCUGUUACAAAUAGACCACUAUUUGGUCAACAUGGUUUAUUGGUCAGCCAUGUAUUACAAAGAGGCCAACAUCUUGUCAGGAUGUCCCUAACACAUUCAUUGCAGAAUGUCGCUCUUGUUUUAGAAGUCAAUAAACAUACGAAUGUCUAAAAUUCAUUCAGAACAAGACCAAAAAAUAAAAUGAUCAACCUUGUCUUUUUGUGUUAGUCCUAUACAUGGAAGCUUUGAUAGAGAAAAUCUUUUAUCCAGAUAUCUGUCAAAGUAUGAUGGUUCGUUGUCACAAAGUGCUUAUAUUACAAGGUGAUGUGAACACCUACUAUGUAGCAUAUUGUGAGAAUAUCUUUUAUCAUCAGUGUACCAUUAGAAUAUAUACUUAUUUGUGGACUUGUAACACAGCUGUCAGGUUAGUGUGUCCAUUGUCACUCCUGUAUAAAGGUGUCCCUCUCAGCACUGUUCCCUGUAUACUGUUGUCGUGGUAACGUAGGUCAUAGUCUCUCAUGCUCAUCGUAUGUGAUAGAAACAUUUUUUGGUCUGGUUCCUAGUGAUGAUUAUUAUAAUGGUGUAGAACCAUCAAUACUAUUACACUACUACAUAUGUACCCAUAGACCCACUCUUAUAUUUUCUUUGUCUAGAACUGUCUCUAGAGACAGUCCAAUAAUAAAUCGUUGAAAGUCCA